GCAGGUUCUCAGAGGAACGGCGGCGGGACGUGCGACAGCGGGUGAUCACGCCGUGAGUGGAACGCGCUCUUCCACGUCUCCUUUCCUCGCCGCGUUCCCCUUGCCGGUUUUCUUUCGGUGUUUUCAAACUCGGGCGCACAGCAAGAGGCUUCUUUCCGAGAGAACUCUAGGAAAACGACGCGUUUAUCGGUGCGAGGGAAACAAGUAGUGCGCGCUCUGACGAGGUAACGAGACACCCAAGUUACACCAGGAAAGCAGUCGGCCACCUUCGAGGAAGGCGGCUGCGCUUAUCAACCAUGAAGAAUAACUCGGGCACCGGUUUUUCUCCCAGAAAACUAAAUUUCCGCCCGGCUGUUCUGUUGGGCACACUUCCUGGGGCGAUCUUUCGGAAGUGAAUUGCGCUCGCGUGGUUCCCUUCUGUGCUUGUUCGCGUGCUGGUCAAAACGACGUGCGGGUCAAUCGCUGGCUCGGCCAGAGUGACUUUUGCUAGGAAACAAGCGGUAUGCUGCGGCGUGUCUGUGCAAGUGUUUAGAAAGUUUCUUUGACGCGUGUUCAUCAACAUUUCGGAUUUCCGUUUCCGGCUCCCCACCUUUAAAAAGCCGCGCCACGGCUGCGAAACCCACACCCUCGUCUACGUCGCUGCAGUCAGUCGAGUUCGAGACGCUCUGGACAGUGUGUGUGUGAAGAAUCUGACUGCACUGUUCCUUCUGUGAGCUGAAAGGUCUUUCGUUACUAGUGCUUCCGUGUCAAAGAAGCCCAAUUUUCUCUCGAAGAGGCGCGAGAGGGAGCAGUACGGCUGAAGAAGGAGAAACCCGAGAGUAGUGUUGCGCUAUCUAUCUGCAGCUGCCACGCAGAGUUCGCGAGGCACAGCGACCACUCUCCGUCCGUUCCAUGUUUGUGCCUUUUAAGGAGUUCAAGAAAACGCGUUUUGGUUUCGAGCCUUUCCAGAAAACUCGGAAAGUACGAAUUCAUGCUCACGAGGGACAGGCACGAUUCGGAACGGGGAACCGAGCCGCCUGCCACCGCUGUUUUUGCAUCUUGUGGAACAUGCGCGCUGAGCAUCAGAAGUAGCAGGUGGCUGGCGACUGAUUUGCGAUGCGCUGUGUUUUCCGCGCGGGUUCUGUUCGUUUUUCGCGGAGCAAGAACUCUUUCUUCUCCUUCUUUGUGUCUGCCUCAUCGGGAGGGAAGAGAAACGCUUCCGCGGCGGGUAUCUUUCUCCUACUCCGAAGGCACCUCCCCGCUCCGUAGGUUCCGCUGCGCGCACAGCGCGCUCUGCGGUGAGAGCCCGGCUUCCUUUUUCCGUUUCUGUGUUUUUCUUGCUUUACUUUCUUCCUUCUUAUUUCAUGUCUUUUGUUCUUUCGGCGGGUAAACUUGCUUUUGUCGGCCGAGGUCUUUUUCCCGUCGUUUUGUGUUCUGGCUCGGCUCGUCUACGGAAGUCAGCGUCAGCAGCGGAAACUCGAACUCCUCACCUGUUUCCCAUUUUCUUAGCGGGUUUCCUGCGGUGCCUUUUUCUAGACGAAAGACACUCGCUUUUCUCGAGUUGAAAUUCUCGAGCUUUCCCGGCAAAUCCUGGUCUGCCUCGUGUUUCAGAUCCGCAGCCGGCCUUGGAAACCCGUGUGCCUGGACACAGAGGAGUCCCGGGCAGUGGAGUGCGAAUGCGUGUUUGUGUAUCCUCACUUGCUAGUUGAUAUUCUUUUGACAUUUUUGAAGGGCAGCGUCACAGCCGCGGUGCGUCUGGAGGUUUUACUGUCGAGUAAAGGGGCCACGUUUUCCUGAAAGGUCCUCCACCACAAGUUCUUGGGGCGGUGAUGCGCAAGAGCGCGACAACGUCUGCAAGUAUCUUCCGACAGCGUCACGGUAAACUUUCUGUUUUUGUCUAUCAGGUCGCGGCCGUUUUGCCGGUCGCUCUUUGUUUCCAUGCGAAAGCGCCGAAACCUCCGUUUCUUGCACACACAACUCCGCAGUGUGUUCCUCGCAGACACUCUUGGCGUCUUGACUUUUUUCUCCUGCCUUUUCUGGGCGGGUUUUCCAUCUUUCCUUUUCUCUUUCUGAUAGAGGCGCCGGCCACUCGGAUUCUCUUCGUCGUUUCUCUCGUCCCGACGCAAGCCGGCGUGACAAAGGGCGCGGGUGCGUUCCUCUUCUCAAAGCGUAUCAUGCCAGUUUUCCGGAAGGAGAGUGUUGUAGGCCCUCCUGCAUCUGUAGGGCCUUCUGCUUGCUACGCUAAACCCCGGGUGUCUUCGGGCGCAGUUCCGUCAGCUUUUUCAGCUUCCGGCUCCUCGCCUCCCUGCACUUCCUCCACGUCGGCUUUCUCGGCUUCUUCGCUGCGUGGCACAGAUCGAGAGAGAGGCGUUUCUGGGGAAUUCGAGAACGCACAGCCGGUAUUCAAGGUCAAGCGAGCUUGGUGUUGCUGCUCGCCGGCGUCGGUCAAACACACUCGACGCGAAGAACAACCUCGCAGGCCAGAGCAAGAGAGAGAAACAACUGCGACAAACAUGUCCGACGAUACAGCUAAGCGAGAAGAUGCAGGGAACGCAGAGUCCAGACGCGGCUCGCGCUCCUUCGAGCGCCUCUUCACCAAAGGCACCGGCCCACCGGCGAGACCGGCCUCCAGUGACAUGAUAUCGUGGGCGCUGGUGCCCGUGCGUCCGGGCGACGCGGCGGCUGGAGCGACGCCGGCGGACGCAGACAGCUUGCACAGUCCAGAGGGAACGAUCAUGGGAGGUCUGUUCUCGACGCGGAAGCCGAAAGACGCAGGCGCGGGCAUUUCAAGUGCUCUCAAGUCUGUCGGGAAGGGUGUAGCCGCAGGCGCCGCUUCUCUCUUCGUUCUCCCCGCUGUCGGCGCCUCUCAACAGGGCGUUGGAGGCUUUUUCAAAGGCGUCGGCGCCGGAGUCGUCGCUGCUGUCGCCCUGCCCGUCACGGGUGUCUGCGUCGCAGGCUACCAAGUCGCCCGCGGCUUCGUCAACACCCCAGAGGCGAUUCACGAACGCAGUCAAGGAAAGAAAUGGGACAAGAAAGCCAGGGAGUGGAAGGAGAACUGGUACUCGUUGAAGGAAGAAGCUGAAGAAGUUGUUGGGAAGGAAAAUCCCUUCAAAGCUGCGACAGCGGCUGCGGCAGCUCCUAAGACUUCAGAGGUCCCCGGGGAGAAGAGAGAAGUGGUGGAUCGAGAGCUGUACGACGUUCUGGAGAUUUCCACGGACGCCACGCAAGACGAAAUUCGGCGACAGUAUUACAGACUUGCCCGCAAGUACCACCCAGACAAGAAUCGCGAGGAUCCGGAGGCGAAAGUAAAGUUCCAGAAGGUCGGCGAGGCCUACCAAGUGCUCGGAGACGAAGAACGCAGAGCGCAGUACGACAAAUUUGGAUCCGCGGCCGCACAAGACAUGCCUCUUAUCGACAGCAGCCUGUUCUUCAUGAUGCUUUUCGGAUCCGAAGAACUUGAACCCUACAUUGGAAAACUCAAAAUGGCGAUGUUCGUCGAAAUGGUCGACAAAGAUGCAAAGCAGGCGGAGAACGUGAGCGAAGAGAUGUUCGCAUUUGAGCAGCGGAAACGGGAAGUUCAGCUGGCACUUUCUCUGUGCGACAGAAUCGAACCAUUUGUCGAGGCCAUUGCGAAAAACGAAAACGCAGAGGGCGCAGCCAUGAGCAACGAUGUUGCUGAAUGGAAAUCGAAAAUGCGCUUGGAAGCCGAAAAACUCUGUCGGUCUUCGUUCGGAGACGCGAUCGUCGAGGCGAUUGGAUGGACUUACGAGAACAGUGCAACGCAGUUUCUGGGGAAGGUUGACACCUUCCUGGGCCUUGGCGGAAGAUACGCAAAGAUUCAGGCGCACAGUCGGAGCGUAGGAAACAGCUGGCGGACGGCGAACGCAGCGGUGCGCGCUGCGUUGGCUGCUCGGCAAAUGCAGCAGAAAGCAGUGAAGAAACAACGGUCCAAAGAGAAGGCGAAAAAGAAGAAGAUGCGGGAGGCAGCCCAAGCCGCGAGCAAAAAGGGAGAAGACCCCACCGCAGCGGCCGCCGACGCGGCUCAGGACGAAGAAGAAGCGACAGACGACGCGCCUUCUGCAGAAGAUGUAAAGCAAUUCGAAGAGACGCUCCCUCUCAUCCUGGAGACUAUGCUGCAGAUUUGUUUGAUGGACAUCGAGACGACUGUCAGGGCUGCCGCAAAAAAGACGUUCAAAGACAUGGGAGUUGAUCUGGACUGUCGCAGACGCCGGGCCGAAGCCCUCGUAGAGUUAGGAAGAAUUUUUCAGCAGGCUGCCGCGGACCACAAGAAGGAGCACAAAGACGAGAAAGUAGAUGCUCUUCGAACGAUGGAAGACGCGUUUAUCAAAGCAGCCCAGAAGGCAGACGAAGAACGCGUAAGAAAGGAGGGAGCAUGCCCUAACACUGGACAAGCUCACGGUCCCGCCGCAGGCACGGAGAGCGGCGCGGAGGCCUGCUUCUAGCGGUGACAGGUGACAUGCAAGAGCGCAGGCCGACGAGCGGCUUUGACAGGCAAAGUCGAACCAUACGCGCUUUCUUUGCAUGCGGCGAAACAGACGGGGCUCGGCCUCAGUCGAUGUGCAACAGAUACACUCCCUGCGAGCGCAGCCAGAGUGACACACACACCCAUGGACAAAUCGAUGCACUCCCACACAUAUAUAUGUACACUUUUAGACACAUAUACAUAUAUAUAUAUAUGUAUAUAUAUAUAUAUGUAUGUAUAUAUAUAUAUAUGUAUAUGCAUAUAAUAUGUGUCUGUGCGUUGAUGUGUGGAUGUGUAUGUAGAGUUGUCUGCGUCAAAGUGUGUAUAUUAGGUGUGAGAUUGUUCUGAACAGUGGCAUCUUGCAUGCGACGGACUUUGGAUAUUCGAAGCGGCGUUGUGAAGCGAUGUUGAGGUGCUUGCAGAGGACUCUGACGCCUGCCCUUUUCUCGCGGUUAUGUCUUCACCUUUCGUGACAAACAGAGCACAUUUGCCUCACGGUCACUUUCAGGGAAUUGGCUAAGGUUUCCUGUAAAAUAUCUCAAAGAAAACCGUGUUCGAGGGCGUAUGACUUUGAGGUGGAAUCCUGGGUGAAUCUUGACAAGUGAAACGGUAGAAGAGUGCUGUUCGAACGUGCCGGGCAGAGAGGUCUUCAUCGAUUUGGACUCUCUGCAAUUCACACAAGCAUCUUGCUCAUUCGCUGGCGUUAAUUCUCUCUCUUUUAGCCGAGAGCAGAGGCGGCUCAACGGUGACGGAGUCGACUUUUUUCGGUGCACGAUUCCAGGCGUGUCUGACAUCCGCUCGCAGCGCAUGCAGACAAGAGCCGAAACUUCACUUCGUAUUUUCUGGGAGUCCUCCGCUUGCAUGCAGUUUUGUGUCGGGAGCCGAGAGGUCUCCAAAAAAUCCGAAGAAGUCGAGAAAAAUCUUGGGCAAUCGAAAAAAAAUCCGGCAAUGACUAUGAAGCCGUACCCGUGUAUGGCUCGCAAGUUUCACCGAUGCGCGUUACACUGCAGUGCAGCUCUAAAGAAGUUUGAGACCCUCUUCUAGAUAUAUUUCAGCAUCGAGCCACGAACGUUUCGUGGGCAGUGUGUCAGAGAGGCCAGCGUAAACAGACAAGCAAUAAGAGCCGGAGAAAAAAGGAGACGCGCAGGUGCGCUGAGGGAGGCCAGUGCGGGAGUGGAGGGGGAAGGACUCUGCGAACUGACGAAGGCACUUUGCUAUCAGGUUUUAGACCUAGCUGUUAGUCUGGACGUUUCAAUACGCGACAGGAAGCUCUCGAUCUCCUCCGUCCAUUUUUCGGCGGCGUGUCAGGCGAAGAGCGUCUCUGCGCAAUAAGACUGCCACAGGCUCUCGAUGGAACUUGAUAGUCGCACUCGAAAAGGCGCAUUCAGUUGUCCGAAAGGAUUUGAUGUUUACUGGGGAGUGCGGUCAGGCGUACGUGCACGCCAAGCUGCAGGUGCCGAGCCCA